UUCCUGUUACAACGUGCAAACAUGGCGGCUUCCAGAGGGAGAACAGUGGGAUCUCUUAUCUGGAGAUGUGGGAGUUGCUGUAACAAUGGCAACAUCGUCUCAUCCAGCCUGAGUAGUCAGGUGAAAGUGUUCGGUAGGCAGGUGAGCCUGAGCGCUGCGGUUCACAGGAAGAACCUGGCGGCAGCGGGGCCAGAGAAGUUCUCCGAGGAGUUCAUUAAGAAGCAGGUGGAGGAGUUCAACAUCGGCAAACGACACCUGGCCAACAUGAUGGGAGAGGACGUAGAGAACUUCACCCAGGAAGACAUUGAUAGGAGUAUAGCAUAUCUCUUCCCCUCCAGUCUGUUUGAGAAGAAAGCAAGACCCCUGAUGAAGCAUCCAGAUGAAAUAUUUCCAAGACAACGAGCUGUCCAAUGGGGGGCGGACAGGCGACCUUUCCACUUCCUGUUCUACACUGGAAAGCAGUCCUACUACAACCUGAUGCAUGACACCUUUGCCAGGGUGCUGGCUGCAGAGAAGCAGCAGGAUCGCCUGAGGGCCAGGAGUCUGCUUCCAGAACCAUCCAAAAAAAGCUCUCUGGGCGGUAGCAGGUGGCUGUUUAAGGAGGAGCUGGAGGAGCUGCUGGUGGAGACCAUCUCUGACUACGAUUACCAGCGUUUCCUGCAGCUGGUGAUGCGUUUGCAGGAGAGAGGCAGCAGCGCUGAGGAGGACUUCCUGCUCAGCCUGCGUCGACGCCUAGAGGUCCAGUCCAGCCGACAGGAAGUACCUGCCCUGCAGGUGGAUGAGCAGGGCCACUCAUACAGCACUGCUGAGGGAAGGAGGAAGUCAGCGACGGGCUCGGUGGUGCUGACAGACGGAGGCUCCGGUGAUGUCAUCAUUAACGGCUCCCGCUGUCACCACUACUUCACUGUCCUGCAGGACCGGUACGCUGGGGUGGAGCACGAUAGAGCAGCUGAUGUUCCCCCUGGUCUUCACGGGGGUGUUGGGGCGCUUCGACAUGCGCUGCAGCGUUGCCGGGGGCGGCCAUUCCAGCCAGGCAGGGGCGCUGCGUCUGGCCCUGUCCCGCGCUCUGCUCAGCUUCCUGUCCCAGGGUCAGGUGGAGAACAUGAGACAAGCCGGGCUGCUGACCCCUGACCCCAGAGUGAGGGAGAGGAAGAAGCCAGGACAGGAAGGAGCUCGCAGGAAGUUCACCUGGAACAAACGCUGAAGAAGGAGGAGGAGUGAAAACAACAAGAAAGACAGAACAAUGCAAUGUCUUAACUAGACUGGAUCUACAGACCAUUACUGAUGAUUAUCACCUGUGCUGAUGGACAAUUUAAGAAGACAGUUCAUUGAAACGUCCAUAAUAAAUGUUUUGCUUUGUCAAACACGUGGCUGAAGUGAGACGUACCUGCGUGCACCCGUCUGUCAUGUGACGACCUAUCUCACAUGUUGUAAUGUGCUUCCGCCGCCACAUGAGGGCGCUAUACUACAGAGACUGGCGGCCGCUUACACGUGUUAAAAAAUAAAAUACUGUUUUCCACAGAA